UUACAGUAGUUUGACGAGCCGGUGAGGCACUAGGACCCCGCGGAUCUCGCUCUGGCUGGGACGCAGUCUGUCCUCACGGGGACUCCUCUUCGCCUCCGCGCGGUGAUUGGGUGGAAGAUGGCGCUGGGCGAAUGGAAAUCCUAAUGACAGUUUCCAAAUUUGCGUCUUUUUGUACCAUGGGCGCCAAUGCCUCCGCUUUGGAGAAAGAGAUCGGCUCGGAGCAGUUCCCUGUCAAUGAGCAUUACUUCGGAUUGGUCAACUUUGGAAACACCUGCUACUGUAACUCUGUGCUCCAGGCUCUGUACUUCUGCCGGCCGUUCCGGGAGAAGAUCCUCGCGUACAGGAGCCAGCCGCGUCGCAAGGAGAACCUGCUCUCCUGCCUGGCCGACCUGUUCCACAGUAUAGCCAACCAGAAGAGGAAGGUUGGCGUGAUACCCCCGAAGAAGUUCAUCACAAGACUACGGAAAGAGAAUGAACUGUUUGAUAACUACAUGCAACAAGAUGCACACGAGUUCCUCAACUACCUGCUGAACACUAUAGCAGACCUGCUACAAGAAGAGCGCAAGCAAGACAAGCAGAAUGGCAAAUUGGCUAAUGGCACACUUGAUUCACAGAACAAUAACAGUACCCCCGCCUCCUCCACCUGGGUUCAUGAGAUCUUCCAGGGCACGUUGACCAAUGAGACACGAUGCCUCACCUGCGAGACGAUAAGCAGUAAAGAUGAGGAUUUCUUGGAUUUGUCAGUGGACGUGGAGCAGAACACUUCAAUCACACACUGUCUCAGAGGUUUCAGUAAUACAGAGACCUUGUGCAGUGAGUAUAAAUAUUACUGUGAGGAAUGCAGAAGUAAACAAGAGGCACACAAACGAAUGCGGGUUAAGAAACUUCCCAUGAUCCUCGCCUUGCACUUGAAGAGAUUUAAAUACAUGGAGCAGCUGCAGCGCUACACUAAGCUGAGCUACCGCGUGGUCUUCCCUCUGGAGCUCCGCCUCUUUAACACCUCUGGCGAUGCCACCAAUCCCGAGAGGCUUUACGACCUGGUCGCUGUGGUGGUGCAUUGUGGCAGUGGUCCAAACCGAGGACACUACAUCGCAAUUGUAAAGAGUCAUGAUUUCUGGCUACUGUUUGAUGAUGACAUAGUAGAGAAAAUUGAUGCCCAGGCGAUUGAGGAGUUCUACGGAUUAACCUCGGAAAUUUCCAAGAACUCUGAGUCCGGGUACAUCCUGUUUUACCAGUCCAGAGACUGAGAGAGGCCAGAGUGGCGUCCCCUGACGGACACCUGUGCAGCAGGCAUGCCUGUACCUAGAACCCUGCUACAUCCCACCUGCGCAGGUUCUUACUGCAGCGACACACACACCCCACCACACCCGUCCAAGCCCACCCUCGCCAGUCUCCACGCAGCAGUAACGUUGGAUGCAAUGCAGUCGCAAGGCCUUUUGAACGUUGUUUGUUAGUUGUAUUUACGUUGUGGGAGCGUUUAAUCACUCGUGUUCAGUCCUUUACUGUGGAGAGAAUGUCUUUAAUGUAUCAGACUGUAUGAUACGACCGGGAUUUGCAUUCAACUUUCAUGCUGCAACCUUUUGAUUCCUGUGGGUGUGAGGAGGCUGAAGACUAGUGCAUGGGGAAAGCAGGUGUGUUUAUUAUAAUGGUGGGGAGGGUCUAAACGCUCCGGUGCGGGGCAUUGCGGGUUAUGUAUUUCUACCUUGUACAGAGUGAUAUUUGUAUAAAUAUUAUGAGAAUUAUAAUGAUAUUACUGAUAUAGCCAAAAAAAGAGGAUAGAACCAGAAAAGAUGUAUAACACUAUGGUGCACUUUUGAUACAGUUUUGUAGAUGUGGGAAGAUUAAUGUAAGGGUUUGCUUGAGAUGGCCUGUUGUGAAUUUAUCAUUUUCUGUUUUAAAGAAAAAGAAAUAAAAGUGUAUACACCAA